AUGCAUCUGGUUCCCAAAGAGGGUUGUUCUCGGGAACUACAGAUCGAUAAGCUCGUCAUCUCUCAGCUGGGAGUGCUUGCUCAGAGGCGACUGGCAAGGGGAGUCAAGCUGAACCAUUCGGAAGCUGCGGCUCUCAUUGCCAACAACCUACAUGAACUCAUCCGCGAUGGAAAUCACACCGUCGCGGACCUUAUGGCUCUUGGAGCCACCAUGCUGGGUCGACGUCAUGUCCUCCCCUCUGUGUGCAGUACCCUUCAUGAGAUUCAAGUUGAGGGUACCUUUCCAUCCGGUACAUAUCUCGUGACCGUCCACAACCCCAUCAGCUCCGAUGAUGGUGACCUCCGCAAGGCGCUGUAUGGAAGUUUCCUCCCAGUCCCGGACAACGAUGCGUUCCCCAUGGCGGCCUCUGAAGAGUACGCGCACGAGAAGCAGCCCGGUGCCGUAGUAACUGUCAAGUCACGGGUCACUCUCAACGAGGGCCGCAAUAGGAUCCGUCUUCAGGUGACGAGCAGGGGAGACCGACCUAUCCAGGUGGGAUCUCACUACCACUUUAUAGAGGUCAACCCGCAGCUCGAGUUUGACCGUAUUCGUGCGUAUGGUUAUCGACUCGAUAUUCCCGCCGGCACUUCUGUCCGAUUCGAGCCUGGCGAUACAAAGACUGUCACGCUUGUCGAGAUUGGCGGCAACCGUGUUAUCCGCGGGGGUAACAACCUCGCAUCAGGAGCUGUUGACCUUUCUCGUGCUGAUGAGAUCCUUGCACGGUUGCAAGAAGCUGGUUUUGCUCACGCUCCUGAGCCAGCGGGUGACAUGGCUUAUAUCGACGCCUUUGAUAUGGACCGCGCCGCAUAUGCAACCAUGUUUGGUCCCACCACCGGUGAUCUCGUGCGGCUCGGCAGCACAGAUCUAUGGGUCAGCAUUGAGCGUGACGAGACGGUCUAUGGCGACGAGUGCAAGUUUGGUGGUGGAAAGACGCUGCGUGAGGGAAUGGGCCAGGCAACGGGACGGCCAGAUGCUGAGACAUUGGACCUAGUUGUGACCAACGCACUCAUCGUGGACUGGACAGGUAUUUACAAGGCAGACAUCGGUGUCAAGGAGGGCAUGAUCGUGGGUAUCGGCAAGGCGGGCAACCCAGACGUGAUGGACGGCGUGACGCCCGGCAUGGUGGUUGGAAGCUGUACAGAUGUCAUCGCAGGAGAGGGCAAGAUUGUCACCGCCGGAGCCAUCGAUACUCACAUCCACUUUAUCUGUCCACAGCAGGUACCCGAGGCCCUCGCAUCGGGUGUCACCACUAUGUUGGGCGGUGGUACUGGUCCAAGCGCGGGAACAAAUGCAACCACUUGUACCCCUGGAGCCCACUACAUGCGCCAGAUGCUCCAGGCUUGUGAUUCCCUUCCCAUCAACAUUGGAAUCACAGGCAAGGGCAACGACAGUGCCCCUGAGGCCCUCCGCGAGCAGGUCACGGCGGGCGCUUGCGGUCUCAAGCUUCACGAAGACUGGGGUUGUACUCCCGCUGCUAUCGACGCGUGCCUUACCGUCUGCGAUGAGCUGGAUGUUCAGUGUCUCAUCCACACUGAUACACUCAACGAGUCAGGCUUCGUCGAGUCUACCAUCGCCUCUUUCAAGGGUCGGACGAUUCACACGUACCACACUGAGGGUGCUGGAGGCGGCCACGCCCCAGACAUCAUCUCGGUCGUUGAGCACGAGAACGUGUUGCCGUCGUCGACGAACCCAACACGGCCGUUCACGCGUAACACGCUUGACGAGCACCUCGACAUGCUCAUGGUGUGCCACCAUCUAUCCAAGAACAUCCCCGAGGACGUUGCCUUUGCCGAGAGCCGAAUUCGCGCAGAGACCAUCGCCGCCGAGGACGUGCUCCACGACCUGGGCGCCAUCAGCAUGAUGAGCUCCGACUCGCAGGCCAUGGGCCGCUGCGGCGAGGUGGUGCUCCGGACCUGGAACACGGCGCACAAGAACAAGAUUCAGAGGGGUCGGCUGCCCGAGGAUGAGGGCACGGGGGCUGACAACGCUCGUGUUAAGCGCUACGUGAGCAAGUAUACUAUCAACCCGGCCGUUGCUCAAGGCUUUAGUCACCUGGUGGGAAGCAUCGAGGUGGGCAAGUUUGCCGACUUGGUCGUCUGGGAUCCGGCCUGGUUUGGAACCAAGCCUAGCAAUGUCAUUAAGGGAGGACAUAUCGCAUAUGCUCAGAUGGGCGACCCCAAUGCCUCUAUUCCUACAGUCCAACCCAUCAUCGCCCGUCCCAUGUUCGCUCCCCUCUGUCCCUCCACCAGCAUUCUCUUCGUCUCUUCCGCCUCCAUCACCUCGGGCGCUAUAGCCUCGUACAACCUACGCAGCCGCGUCGAGGCGGUUCACGGGUGCCGUACCGUUGGCAAGCGCGACAUGCGGCACAACGACCGCAUGCCCAAGAUGCGCGUCGACCCAGAGAGUUACACUGUCGAGGCCGAUGGCGAGGUGUGUGUGGCGGCGCCAGCAGAGACUCUGCCCCUGACGCAACAGUUUUAUGUCUAUUGA